AUUAGCAUGGCCCCUGCGCAAGGAUGACACGCAAAUUCGUGAAGCGUUCCUCAUUUAGACCAGCAUCCCCAAAUCUACAAACACAGACUUUGAUUGACGGCAAUGCUAGAAAUUGGGCCUUCACUACCGUUCUCAUCCUCAGAGAGCAUUAUCAAAAGAACAUUGACUCUGAAAUGCAAAAGCUCACCCAGUUCCCUUCACCGGACUGGAGAGGCCCCUUUGAAAUAGCCACAACGUGGGCGAAACGUAAUUUAGGCAGACGCCUGAGACAGGAUACAAUAGACCGUGCCCAGGCGGUCAUCAUUGCCAGGACGACAGAAACAGCACUUCCUGCUCCUCUUCCUGCUGCUGCCGUUUCUUCUCUCCCAACGCAGACAGCUGACCAGACAGCAGAAGAGGACCCACAUGCUGUGAUUGAGCUGGCUCCAUCAUCACCUCCAGUGAACCAGCCUCCCUCCACGAGACCACCGAGCUCAGCUGCAGCACGGCCACCCCCUUCACCACAAAGCAGCAGUCAUCAGAUCACCACGAUCGCCCAAAUCCACGCAGCGCCUCCACCUGCGCCAAUCUCCCGGGUUUCAGUGGAGACCAUGACAGAACCACAACAGGAGGACUGGUCACCUCUGUUUGACCUUGAGGAGGCAAGUGAAACAGAACUUUCUCCUCCCACAUCCCCGUCUCGUCUUUCUCCUGUAAUCCCUCUUCCACCACGCAUAAAUCGCUCUCAAAUAAGCUCUACGGCAGAAAGUGUCGUACGAGUUCUCGACAUGCAGAAGGCUGGCUCUGAAGCCGAAGAGGAAAUCACUCUGGAGCCAGAACCAGCAGAUGAGCAGAUCACAGCGCUGAGCCAGAGAAAAGGAAGCCAACGCCCCCCUCACAGAGAAGGGAGUCCUCCUCCUCCUCCCAUCCAAACCAGCACCAUGGAGAGCAGAGGGUACCACACACUCACCCCUGCCACUCUCUCCAAGCUGAGAUCCAGCGUGCAAUCUCGCCUAGCCAUCGAGCGAGCAGAGCAGACGACAACUUCUGUAGCAGAAAUGCAGGUGUGUGCUCCAACACGACACGACAACACGCCCCGCAAAUUUACAGAGUGGCACCUGCACAUACAACAGAAGAAGGUCAUCAUAGGAGACUCAAACAUCAGCCGCCUUCCACCUUUUAAAGGUGGAAAUGUACAAUUGGACAGUUUUCCUGGCGCCAGAUGGCAUCAUGCAGAAUUUCUCCUGAAGACGGCCACCUUCCAGACGGAACCAGAGGUUCUCCUGCUAUCCUUCGGCCUCAACAACAGAUCCCAGAGGGAUAAAAAAGCUCCAGUGAAAGAGAUGAUCAAAGCCCUGACUGUAGCAGGACAGAGAUUCCCAGACGCCACGAUCUUCGUCCCUCACGUCAGUUUUUCACCUCACCUUUCACCAGAUGAAAAAGUCGUCCUUAUCCAUUUAAAUCAACACAUCCAAGAACUGACAGACUACAUCCCCCCACUCAGUGGCUUCUUUGAGACCCAAACUGACAGCAUCCACUGGACGGCAGCUACCGCGAAGAGGAUUCUGGAACACUGGGCUUCGUGGUUAAACUGAAGCUCCCUCUAAGCCUCUCACAGAGGGAGGGGAAAGAUGGAGUCAUGAAUCUAUGUGAUAACUUUGUUCUUUCUCUUACACAGCUUUCCCUGCUGAGCAGAGGUCUUACUUUCAUCCCUUCCAAAUGUAACAGUACCUCGACGACAUCUGGGGCGUUUGGACGCACUCUGAGCAGGAGUUUGGAACCUUCCUGGGGACUCUCAACAGCCACAACCCUUCCAUCAAACUCAAAUCAACAUGCCACGCCUCUUCAGUCGACUUUCUAGACACAACCACAUUUAAGGGAAGUGACUUUCACACCACACACAAAUUGGACAUUAAAGUUUAUUUUAAACCCACAGACACACAUGCACUGUUACAUAAAACCAGUUUUCAUCCCAAACACACAUUUGCAGUUCUGGUUAAAUCCCAGCUGCUCCGCUUCCACAGAAUCUGCACCCAACAGGCAGACUUAAAAAGGCCACCAAAAUUCUUUUUUCUGCAUUAUACACAAGGGGUUAUUCCCGCUCCUUUCUAAGAAAAUGUUUUAAGUCAUUUCAACAAAUUAAACCUAUUGAUACAGCCCCCCUUCUACCCAUUGUCACAACACAUUCGGCAGCCACGUGCAGGAUGGUGAAAGUCCUCAGGAGGAACUUCCGGGAUCUGGUUCAGAGCCAGGGGCUGCUCGAGGAGCACAGAUUUCUGCCAGCCUACAGGAGAAACAAAAAUCUUAAGGACAUUUUAAUUAGAGCCAAACUUCCUCCCCCUACACAACCAAAA